GUGUGGCGAAGUAUAUAACAUCUUCUGCAUCUUCUGCUGCCAUCACUACAGCCCAACCAGAACUCCCGUCAGCACACCCAAAACCCAACCAAGACUCCUAUCAUGUCUGACGUCCAGCAGGCCAUGGCUCUCCUUAUUGGCGCCUUCCAUAAAUAUUCAGGCAAAGAAGGAGACAAGUACACCCUGAGCAAGGCUGAGCUCAAGGAGUUGCUGCAGAACGAGUUUGGAGAUUCACUCGGUAAAGCCAGUGAUAAGGCCGCAAUGGACAACAUCUUUAGGGACCUGGAUGCUAAUAAAGACAACAGCGUGGACUUCAGGGAGUUCUGUAACCUGGUGGUGUGCCUCACUGAAAUGUGCCAUGAAUACUUCAUCAAGAAGAAGUGAGAGCCAGCGCCAUCUCCUGGCCAGUGCAUAUAUACCCAUGUUAACAAUGGUGCUUGAGAGGGAAGACAUAGCAUAAGGUUAAACAUGGAGACUGAUAAUAUACAUUGUGAAUAUACUUAAUUUGACUGAAAUACAAAGAUUAAUAAAAUGAUGUACCAU